UCACUCACUCACAAUGGCUACUAGCACUAAGCUUGUAGCUUUAGGCUUUGUUGUCCUUGUCGGCAUUGGGUACGCCGAUGCUGCAAGGAUGCUCGCUAGCUCCUCCAGUGCUUCAGGUGGUGGAGGUGGAGGUGGAGGUGGUGGUGGAGGAGGCGGUGCAUCUGGUGGUAGUGGAUGGGGUGGAGGAUCUGGGUCGGGUGGAGGAGCAGGAUAUAGUGAAAGCGGUGGAGAUUGGGGUAACAGGUGGAACUUCGCCAAGGGAGUCGGUGGAGGAGGAGGAGCUGGUGGAGGAGGAGGAUCAAAUGGUGGUUCGGGUUUUGGUUCUGGAUCCGGCUAUGGCUCCGGAAGCGGUUCGAGCGGCUCGGCAUCGGCACCUAGCGGCAAUGGACAUGCCAACGCCGAUGGUAAGGGCGGUGGUGGUGGCGAAGGUGGUGGCACAAAUGGGUCUAGCGGGUCCGGAGCUGGUUCUGGCCUUGGUAAGGGAUACGGUGAGAGUGGCAUAACUACGGCACCAGCUCCAACUGCUGGUGGUGUCGGCUACUCCGAUGCUGGCGGUAGCGGUAAUGGUGGUGGUGGCGGAAAUAAUGGAAAUGGAGGUGGUGAGGGCAAAGGAGCUGGACAGGCCGGCAGCGAUGACACUUCUGGGGGCAAUGCCAGUGGAAAUGGUAGCGGCAGCGGUGGUGGCAUAGCUAAAGGUGCCGCACAAGGUCCAAGUCUUGGGGUUGGGUCUGGUUCUGGCUCCGGGGCUGGGCAGACCGGCAGCACUCGCUCUUAUGGUUCUUAUGGUUCUGGCUAUGCUACUGGAAUUGGUGGGGGCAUGGGCAGUGGCUACGGUGCUGGCCAAAACGGCGGGACUGGCCGUGGAGGAGGAAGUGGAUCUGGAUCUGGCAGCGGUGGAUUCCAUUAAAUUGGCAUUUGUGGAACAAGAUAGAGCCGAGCUUCUACAUGCAUUACUAUUCUUGUCAUUUUUCGAUUUCAGUUAUUUCACGUUAAUCGUGGACGUCGAUGCUAGAGAACUAAGUACCAUUUCUGGAUUAGCUGUUAGCUCCUAGACCAUUCUUGUGCAUAGCUACGAGUAUUGCAGCUCUGUAGUUUAAUUCUUAGGAGCUAUGUAAUUUCCAGCCUUGCUUUCUAAUAAAAUGGUCUUCUUAAUCA